AUGCUGACCCAACCCUGCUCGAACUGGAUCUCUCGAUGUGUUCUUGGCGCGACGAAUUUAUCUGACGAUAUUGAGCUUGGUUUACCUGAAGCCAUCCAAGCUCAACUUCAAGGGCUUCAGCGCUAUUCCUCUGCACAAAUCUCCGAAAUUAAUCGGGCAAGUGCGUCUUUCCUGUGGGGCCUAGAUAACGUGGAGCACAAAAUCCCUGACAUGGUGGCUAUGAAGAAUCAAGCACAGAGCUCUCUGGGGCUGCCGUAUGGUGAUACAAGUGUUCAACGUGAAGACCGAAAAUCGCAACACGAACAGACCGACCUGACAAGGAAGCAGGAAAUCGGUGGAGUUGGUUCUGGCAUAACAGUGGGGACCAGUGCUGAUUUUUCACCGGGAACAGAAUCUACAGAACUUUCAACCGACUCAGGGAAUGCUUUGCUAAAUCUGUCAGGUACGCCUACACUUGGCACAAUGCAGUACGAAAUGCACGAUCAUGAGCGGACUCUUGAGCACACAAGAGGUAGAUCAGUUUCACUCGUUCACAGUACAACGGCGCCUCCUCUGUAUACAAUAGACUGCCUUCUUUCAUCCACAUCAUCUAAUCCAGCCGAUCGCAACAAAACAGUCCCACCAUCGUGCUCUGAUCAUCCCACUGCGACAAACCUACAACAGUUGGACAAACUUAACUGCGGGGUGAAUCUGGAAUCCGAAUAUUCGUCGAAGCAGCAGGUUCAAUCACUGCAGUUGCCGUUUUCCUUUUGGUUUUCUGUUUUUUAUGAAAUGUGGAUGAAUCGAUAUGCAAUCAGUAGGCAAAUGACUGCUCCGCAACCUCAGCCACUUGAUUUCAGGCUCUCAUCCAGCCGACCGGACCAUGGAGAACAAACGACAACCAAUGCCGUUCCUUUGAGCUCUGGGGCCAGCUUGUUUAAUGUGAUCAACACAGCACCGCGCAUUACAGCUCUUCUGACCAAUUGUCAUAACACAUCGCUGAAACCCACAUCAAUUGCUCCUAAUCUAUAUCAAAAGCCCUCGACCGGACAACAGGUGGGUGUCAUGCAAAGUGGCGGAGCUGAAUUCUGCAAUACACGUCAUGAAGUCAAUAGCUGUUCCUCUCCAUCACGCCUUCUGUCACCCAUUCCUAGUCGGAGAAUGGCUACAACGACCAAUGUAAGCCCAAACGGUUUACUUACGUCUCACUUCCCUCCUUACGAGCACAGACCAAUAAAUACAGCACAUUCCACAACACACACUCCUACUGAAUUCCACAACUAUACCUGCAAUGAUCGGUGCAACAGAUCAUCAGUAGGCCUACCCCCGGCCAUGGCAGAAUUUCUACCCCCCUUUCUUAGCAGUUCCACCUCAUUAACGCCUAAGGGACUCAUGGAAGCAUCUAUUUCAUUUAUGAACACGGGAGCAACUGAGCACACUAAGCCGGGUAAACACUUGGACAGAUUAUCACACAGCCCUUUCAGUUUUCCAAGUACAGCAGAAAAUUUAUGGUAUGCGAAAGCCAGAAUGUCAACUGACGGCAUCAUGACCAGAUUUUCCAGACCAUCUGAUCUACCCCGGUAUAGUUCCACAACGCGCGCCUCCGAGGUAAAAUCACGUGGACAUCGUUCCCUCCCGUUCCCACUAACCAAGCGUGAUGGUCGAAUGCACUAUGAGUGUAACGUGUGUCAGAAAACAUUUGGUCAACUCUCUAACUUGAAAGUCCAUCUUCGAACUCACACAGGGGAGCGACCAUUCAAAUGUAAUUUGUGUGAUAAAGGAUUCACACAACUGGCUCAUUUGCAAAAGCAUAAUCUUGUCCAUACAGGUGAAAAACCGCAUCAGUGCUUGGUUUGCCAGAAACGUUUUAGCAGUACGAGCAAUCUGAAAACUCAUAUGCGUUUGCACAGUGGAGAGAAGCCGUUUGCGUGCAAAACAUGUGAGGUAAGCUUCAGUCAGUAUAUCCAUCUGAAGCUACACCGUCGCCUGCACUCAAAUGAACGUCCAUUUAUCUGUCCGAAGUGUCACAUAAAAUUCCCAAAGCCUACGGACCUGAAGCAACACUGGAUAACCAGCACCUGCUACACCGGUGAAGAUCUGCCGCCAGAUGAAAGAAACGGCUUUCAGGCGAUAGAUGCCAAAUUACAGUUGAAGCCGGAAACGCAUGUAUCAAAACAAGAACGUCCCUUGGAGCUCAACAACACGUCUAAAGUGGCCGGUUAUUUUCAGAAAGAAUGUGACAAGCAUUUACAUUUGAUUUGAUUUUGCCAAACAAGCAUUUUCCAGUAACUUUUUAAAUUUAGUUUUAAACAGUUUUCCGAGCUCAGUCUACACAACCCGGUCUUCCCACGUAAUCAACUCUCUGUACACAUACUGGUCCAGUUCUGUAUCUGUUAACUUCAUAAGGCUGUGUUUCUAUGUUUAUCACUUCUCCUACCCAUGAGCACCGUAU